AUGCGUUUUCUAGUAGUUUUCGUCCUUCUAUUAUCAGUCAAAUAUGCCCAUGGACAAGCAGCAGAAUGGCUAUGUGAAUCCCUUAUCUGUGAUCCACCGAAAAAGUGUCUAAUUGUUGACCAGCAAUUCACUUCUGACGAACAGGUUGCUCAAUGUCUCGUGGAAAAUACUCCUUCCCCUCCACCAUUUGGAACAAUUAAUGGAGGACAACCUCUAUUUCCACCACCGACUCAAACAGGAACUCCACCGAAUAUUCCUGCCCCACUGGCUCCGACGCCAACCAUCCCGCCGAGUACACCAUCAACACCCACUACUCCUCCAUCUCCCUUCGCGCCAUUUUUGAGUCUUUUCGGUGGAGGUGCUCCAGGUGCUCCUACACCAACACUUAUUCCACCAUUCACUCUGCCAACUUUGCCUACUACUGCUCCACCGACUACACCAAGUCCAGUUGACGUUUGUACCCUACCACCAGUAACAGGAUCUUGCAGUCGUGCCAGAAUUAUGUGGUAUUACGACAAUGAAUCCAGAAAAUGCGAGCGAUUCAGUUGGAGUGGAUGUGGAAAUCAGAACAGAUUUGCGAGCAAGAUGCAAUGUGAACAAACAUGUUCACAAAACUCUCUUUUCAAAAGAAAUUUUUAA